GCCUCGCAUAGUGCAUUAUUUUAUAUUUAAACCAUGACGACGUGGGGCAAUAUCUGCCGUAUAUGCAGUGGCCCCGCUGACUACGAUAUUUUCGCCAAAAUUCCCACAUUUCUGCAUGCGGGAUCCAACGAAUUUUUAAAUUGGCAAAAAAAAAUUGGUCUACUGCUAGAGGAGACAACAGGACUGAAAAACUCCCCAGACGAUGGACUUCCCCGCUAUAUUUGCGCACCCUGUAUUUCAUAUUUAAAACACGCCGUAACUUUUCGCGAACAAAGCAUAAAAAAUGCCCUUAGUCUUAAGUUAGCUGAACUCUACCAACAAAAGUCGCCAAACGUCGAAGAUGAUAAUAAUGUGGACAAGGAGAAUGUUCUGUUUACUGCCGAAGACUUGCGCUAUGUGGAGCAGAGACCGGUGCAUAAUUUAUUACUCAAUAAUAGCCGUGCCAAACUAGAUCCCGCCGACAAGGUGCACAAACAGCUACUCAACCAGACUGAGCUGCCGAUAGGCAAUUGCGAACAGCGUAUACAAUAUCUAAAUGUACUCUUCGACAAGGAUCGCAACGCGGGAGCGCGAGUCAAGAAGGGCAACGGCAAGUGCCUGGACCUGCCAACGACCAGUGCUGGCAGUGGCAAUGGAACCGGGGAUGAGGACGAUUACCUUCCUGCUAGCUCAAGUGAUGAGGAAAAUGAGCUGUCGCGCCGACAUAAGAACUGCUACAACUAUAGCGAGACUAAUUUUAAGGAGGACGACCCUAUGGAAAACGCGGGUAUGCGGGAUAUCAAGGUAAACAUACCCCAGCCAAAUUGGAAGGAACGAAAGUGUCCGGCAUGCUCGAAACGUUUUAUGUUUGAGGACUCAUAUAAAACACACAUAGAGAACUGUGUGGAGCAUCAGUUUUUAAUUUUUGUAGCCGAGGUGAAUAAAUUAUUGGAAAUUAGACGCCAGAAAAUGGUCUCACCACACGAAUUUAUCAGACGCAUGAUUUUUUCACUGCACAAGACUUGCACAUGGCUGCAGGAACAUUCUAUUGACACGCUACUUGCGGAGAAACUGAAUCAAGUAAAGGUAGCAUCGAAUGGCAAUGGUCACGAAAAAUCAGCAGCAUCAGAAGCUGAAGAAGAAACACAUCAGACUACCAGCAAUAUCCUAAAGUGGGCUGAUGAAUCCGACCCUUUUGACUUCCCGGUCCGUUUGAGAGGCUCCUUGACGCCGAUAACAGCCGAAAACAAUGUGCUGUAUGCCAUCGAGCGUUCCGCGAGUCGCAGCUCUCAGUCCACGCCUGUAGUCAAGAAACCAAUUCCCAUACGCGGCACUGCCCUUAAGUCUCUACAACGACCCACGCCAACCCAAAAUAACGCCUUGGAGCGUGCUACGUUCCUUGAGAAGUUGCAACGAGCCGGUGUCCCACCCGUAACGAAUGAACAGCAGCCACAACUACCAUAUCUGCCAGCCACGCCCACAAGCCUCAAAAAUACCACAACGAUACCCUUCUCGGCGCGUUGUGGCCAGUGUAAUUUAAGCUUUGACUCAGUCUCCGAAUUGGAGGUACACAAUGUAAUGCAUCAUAAUGGACACAACGUUGUCACACCAAAUGCUAUAGAUGCGCAAUCCUCAAUAGACGCAGUGGAUGACUCUCAGCGUCGCCGCAUUAUCGCACUCUUUGAAGAUGACAUAUAAACCACAACUCAUUUUUAACUUAUAUACUCAAUUAUUCCAUUUUUAAUUUAUGUAUGUUUAGGUUUAAGUCUAUCACUUCAUGUGUUUGUGAACGUAUGUAUGUAUACCUUUUCAAUUGUUCAUUUGUAGUUUUUGCUCGUCUGCAUGUAUGCAACAUAUUCAAUCAAUGGCAACUAAAUCGUUAUCAUACGA